AUGAAUUUAUUCAAGAAGUUUCAAAAGUCCCACGACGACCCGUCUCUAAAACACUCCAAGUCCAUGCCCUUCGGUCUAUCUUCGCAAGGGAGCAUGCACGAGCCUUGUGUCGAUCCUCGCAAAGCCGUACACCGUGGAAAGACCCCCCUUAAAACUUCCGACAUCGUCUAUGUCGAGCAAGCUCCUGGGAUGCUGGACAUCUAUCGCGCUCAAUUGGACCAUCCCCCUACUCGUGCCCAAUUUGACACGGGCAUGGACUUGCUGGAACAGUUUCCUAGUCCCCCUCAGCCGCCUCCGAGGCCCCCUCGCAGCGCCUUAAGGACAACUUCAUUGCACUCAAAUGGCAUCAGGCCUCAACUACCCACCCAGAACUGCAACACAAGCGAUCAGCGUGUGGCAGGCAGACACCGAACCAUUCAGCGGUCCCCUUCAGUGGCCUGCUUUUCCCGCCCUACAGCCACGGCCUACCCCUCUCUCGCCCGCAAACAGAGGCGCGAGGCCACCACUGAUCAAGCUGUAGCAAAUGUGCUGAAAACAACUGAUGCGCUGGUCGCUCGUACACCCCUGCUCCCCCCCGUUCCUACCACCCACUCACCGCGCCCAUAUAACUCACGUGCAAACCUCCGCCGUGUCCCAUCCCACGUCGCCAUCCCAUCCACUGCUGCUCCAGACCAUGGACAGUCUUACUGGCCUCACAGGAAUUAUCGCGACUAUAUGGACGAGCAGAACCCGGACGUCAUCUGUUCAAUGAUCACCGGCUAUCCCGUAGCUCCUUGCUACGACGAACAUUCGUCAAAGCAUUUACAGCCUAUCCGUUUUAACAUGGAGAACCCAGAUCACUUACAGAAGACACUCAGCCACUUCAUUCAUACCGCAGUGGCACAAGGUCGUCCCCUCGACGCACGCGCGCAUGGCCGUUACCACCGCAUCAUUGACGCGGGCAAUCCCACAGGCAUCGUUCCGGAAGUUGGCGCUGAUUGGUCUCGGCAGGUUGUAUAUCGGUGAAUUUGUGAAGAGAGAGGAUCGUUUGUGAAGGGAGAGGAUCAUUUGCGG